AUGACUUUGAUACGAGAUGGCCCCAAGUUCUUGAAUGCUAAGAAUAUCACCGAGGCCAAUGAUGAGUUAUGCUUCUGUUUAAAAGCUUCGUGUUAUGCUGUGCUGAAUGAUGAACAGAUUACUGAUCAUUGGCUGGUCUACACAAAUGGAGGUGAUGCCAUUUUGGUGUUAGCAUCAAAUGCCAUUCAUUUUCUCUGGAAAUGGCCAAAGGACCUUAAUUCUGGUGGAGUGGCGACUCCCAAGGUUCACCCUAAUUUAUGGAAACCAAGGAGUGGCUGA